AUGGUAUUUAUCCGUUCUUUAUCCCGUCAAUUGCGGCGGCCUGCCACCUCUCUUUUCUCUGCAAAAGGAGCCUUAGCUACACCUACCAGCUGCAGCGGUCCCUUUCGGGCCUCUCCUCUGGCCGGUUCGAUUUCUGGUGCCCGUACGCUGACAGCCUCUGCCAAUCUACAGGGCAAAGUUCUUAUGGUCCUCUAUGACGGUGGUGAGCACGCCAAACAGCAGCCUGGCCUUCUCGGCACAACCGAGAAUGAGCUUGGAUUGAGAAAGUGGAUUGAGGAGCAGGGUCACACCCUGGUCACCACCUCCGACAAGGAGGGCGAGAACUCCACCUUCGACAAGGAGCUUGUCGAUGCCGAAGUCAUCAUUACCACUCCCUUCCACCCCGGUUACCUCAGCGCCGAGCGCCUGGCCAAGGCCAAGAACCUGAAGAUCGCCGUCACUGCCGGUGUUGGUUCUGAUCACGUUGACCUGGAUGCCGCGAACAAGACGAACGGAGGUAUCACCGUCGCUGAGGUGACGGGCUGCAACGUCGUCUCUGUGGCCGAGCAUGUAGUCAUGACCAUCCUCACUCUGGUUCGCAACUUCGUCCCCGCCCACGAACAGAUCCGCAACGGCGAGUGGGACGUCGCUGCUGUCGCCAAGAACGAGUACGACCUCGAGAACAAGGUCGUCGGAACCGUUGCUGUCGGCCGUAUUGGUGAGCGUGUGCUGCGUCGGCUCAAGCCCUUCGACUGCAAGGAGCUGCUCUACUACGACUACCAGCCACUCAGACCCGAGGUUGAGAAGGAGAUCGGCUGCCGUCGUGUCGACAGCCUGGAAGAGAUGCUUGCCCAGUGCGAUGUGGUCACCAUCAACUGCCCUCUGCACGAGAGUACUCGCGGCCUCUUCAACAAGGACCUCAUCUCUAAGAUGAAGAAGGGCUCCUGGCUCAUCAACACCGCCCGUGGCGCCAUUGUCGUCAAGGAGGACGUUGCGGAUGCCGUCAAGUCUGGCCACCUGCGCGGCUAUGGCGGUGAUGUCUGGUUCCCUCAGCCUGCCCCCAAGGACCACCCUCUGCGGUACGUUCAGGGCCCCUGGGGCGGCGGUAACGCCAUGGUCCCCCAUAUGUCGGGUACCUCGAUCGAUGCCCAGAUCCGCUACGCCCAGGGUACCAAGGCUAUCCUCGAGAGCUACUUCUCGGGCCGCCACGACUACAAGCCGGAGGACCUCAUCGUCAAGGAUGGUGAUUACGUCACCAAGGCCUACGGUCAGAGGAACAAAUAG